AUAUCCGGUGUGGCAGCAGCUGCAUGGAAAACAUAAUAGAAGGGACUAGAAGCCGAUGCUUUUCCGUUCAUCCCAGCGGAGGGUUCUCCUUGCUGUCCGUCUCACUGCAGCCCAGCACCAACCACACUCUUCUUUGACCGAAGAGUUCAAGGAGGUUUCCUAAAAUGUGAAACUAGCCGGUGUGACGUGAGAGUGAUCCAGCAGGGAAGGAGACGACCCAUCGGUGGUGGCGAGGCGGCGGACGUUGUGGUUUAGUAACAAGGAUCAUGUGGGGAGCCUGGCCUUUCCUGCCAGCUCUGGUGCUUCUGUCAGAACUCUCUGUGGUGAAAGUCCAGACGGCGCCAUGUCAAACCUGCAGAAAACUCACAGAAAGCUUUAUUAAGGGAUUAGAAAGAACAGCAAACAAGAACUUUGGGGGCGGUAACACUGCAUGGGAGGAGGAGAAGCUGGCCAAGUAUGCACGGAGCGAGACUCGGCUCUUGGAGAUAGUCGAAGCUGCCUGCGAGAAAACGGAUUUUGAAUGUAACCGUCUGCUGGAGAAGAUAGAGGACCAGGUUGAGACAUGGUGGUUCCACAGGCAGCAGGAGGCACCAGACCUGUUUGAGUGGCUCUGCAUUGAGCAGCUGAGGCUCUGCUGUCCACCUGGACACUUUGGACCUGACUGCAAAGAGUGCCCAUCCGGACCCGGAGGUGUGUGCGGCGGUCUGGGCCGAUGUGAGGGCGAGGGGACACGUCUGGGAGACGGGGAGUGCGUCUGUGAUCCCGGCUACUCGGGCCAUCUGUGCCAGAACUGUGCUGACGGUUACUACAGGGAGAAGCGCUCCAAUGACAGUGCAGGGGCUUGUGCAGCGUGCUUCCACUCCUGUAAGAAGUGCUCAGGGCCACAGGACUACAAGUGCCUCGACUGCAAACCUGGGUGGAUCCUUCAUGACAACAAGUGUGUGGACAUCGACGAGUGCGGCACAGAGCUGGCCCGUUGUCCUUCCAACACUUACUGUCACAACACAGAUGGAUCGUAUGAAUGCAAAGGCUGUGACCAGGCGUGUGUGGGCUGUAUGGGCAGCGGUCCUGCUCGCUGUAAGAAAUGUGCACGCGGUUACAGACUGAAAGGAGCCAAGUGUCUCGAUAUAGAUGAAUGUAGCGAACGUGCAAUAGCAUGCCCUGGGCUGAACGAGGCCUGUAUCAAUGAGGAGGGCUCCUUCCACUGUGACUGUGCUGAAGGGUUCAUCAGAAGAGAUAGCAUUUGCGUGGAGAAUAAGCCACCGGCCGGCCCAGAGAAAGGCUUGUUUGACGAGAUGACGGAUGACGAGGUCCUCGUGCUUCAGCAGAUGUUCUUCGGCGUCGUGAUCUGCGCCCUCGCUACACUCGCAGCCAAGGGGGACAUGGUCUUCACGGCCAUUUUCAUCGGAGGCGUGGCCGCCAUGGCUGGAUACUGGCUGACAGAGAAGGGAGACUACAUGCUGGAUGGAUUUCUGAAGGGACGGUAGGGCUGUCGGGGACUCCUGUGUCACAGAGGGACCCUGGAACACCAAGACUCGACCAGAGGCUGGACAGCUGUCGUCCAUGUUAGCCUUUCAGGGAUUAAAUUGUGAUGCCGAAAAAACUUGAAAGGGCUUCCGGUGGACUGUUGUAUAUCCAUGAAGAGGAUGAUGCAAGAAAAGACGAAGACUACGAUGUCAUGAAUGAAGCAACACUGCACUGAUUUAACUGAAAUUCACUCCCUACCAUAAGCUACACUCCAGAUGGUAGCUAUGGGCAUGCAGUCAGACCCCCACCCCCCACCCCUCCUCGCUCCCCACCAAAACAAAUCAUGCCUACCGUCCCAGGACGUUUCUAUCAUGAGGUUUUUAUUUUCCACUAAAUAACCUUUUACCUCUUCCUCCAUGAAUGUUUGUCAUAAUGCAUGUUAUAUUUGUUUAAAAUGAGAGGUACUGCACUCUUUUCAUUUAUUGUUUACUUUAGCAUGAGCGAUUUUAUGUUUUUUAGCUGCUGGAAUACUUAUUGA